GGAGGCAAGUGUGUAGUAGCUUGUUAAGGUUGAUAGUCAAAGUGGUUGUAGAGAAGAGGGGGGGAAAAGUACAAGCUUGGUCGAAGUAGAUAUUUGGGGUGGGGAGCGAUGGGAUGUCAUUACGAUUUCUUAACUGUAUGUAUAUCUUGCAAUUUGAAGUAAUCGUGAUCAAUCACCUUUGCUGCACACAGUCGGCGCAUUAUGUUCGAGCAACUUGUUACGAUUAAAAUGGCUAUUUCUGAUUAUGUUCUGCUCCAUACUGGACAGAAGAUGCCUCUCAUUGGGUUGGGGACGUGGAAAAGUUCACCUGGCGAGGUAAAAGAAGCUGUCUGGAAUGCAGUAAAGACAGGUUAUCGUCACAUAGACUGUGCUGCAGUCUACAACAAUGAAGCUGAAAUUGGAGAGUUCUUUAAGGAGCAUGUCGGUGCUGAUAAGAUGGUAAGGCGUGAAGAACUUUUUGUGACCUCCAAGCUGUGGAACACUAAACAUCAUCCUGAAGAUGUGGAAGCUUCCUGCUGCAAAACUCUGGAAGACCUGAAGCUCACUUACCUGGAUUUGUACCUGAUUCACUGGCCUCAUGCUUUUGAACGAGGUGACAACCCUUUUCCAAAGAAUCCUGAUGGCACAAUAAGAUAUGAUUUUAUUGAUUAUAAGGAAACUUGGAAAGCAAUGGAGAGCCUAGUGAAAAAGGGCUUGGUUAAAGCUAUCGGACUCUCGAACUUCAACAGUCGACAGAUAGAUGAUAUAAUUUCCAUAGCUAAUAUCAAACCUACAGUGUUACAGAUUGAAUGCCAUCCAUAUCUCGCCCAGAAUGAGCUGAUUGGGCAUUGCCAGAAGCAUGGGUUGGUGGUGACUGCAUACAGUCCUCUUGGAUCCUCUGAUCGGCUGUGGAAAGCAUCAGAUGAACCAUUCUUACUAGAAGAUACCAACGUUAAAGCUAUAGCUGAAAAACAUGGGAAAUCUCCUGCUCAAAUUCUGCUCAGGUGGCAGGUACAACGUGGAGUAGUAGCCAUUCCAAAGAGUGUCAAUCCAGCACGAAUUGCACAAAAUCUACAGGUGUUUGAUUUCACCUUGACUGAAGAUGAUAUGAAAAGAAUUGGAACUCUCAACAGAAACUGGCGUUACAUUGUUCCGAAAAUUAAAGUUGACAAUGAAUUUGUACCCAGAGAUGCACAACAUCCCCACUACCCUUUUAAUGAUCCAUAUUAAUGUCGGCAGGGUGUGCUGCUUCUGCCUUGUUGUGUUUGUGGCAUUAUGUGAAAAUCUUAAGCUACUUACUAAUAAGAUUUAAUAAACGAUUAAGGGAUCUUCAUAACCAUUGUCAUACUUUGUAGCUUUUUAGAUACUCAACACUGAUUCUGUCAAAUGUUACUUUAUGAUAUAAAAGUCUUGAAGCCAAAAUAAUUAAAGGAGAAAAAGAAAACUGCAA